AUGCUGAUUCCAAUCCCGCUACGGCAGCUCGAGCUUCGUCAAAGCUCGGAUCCCCGUGAACCCCCAAACAAUGGGACAGACAGGAAUGACGACUCUUCGCAAGGUGGCGGCGGAGGCCCGAAUAGUAACGUGGUCAUUAUCGUUGUUGCCGUCGUGGUGUUCGCCGUCGCCUUUCUAGCGAUCGUCUACUUUGUCCUACGUGCUCUCCGAAGAAUGGACUGUCGCCCGAAAUACAUACCCGGAAAAUUCCUCAAGGACAGGUGGACGCGAUGGAACGUUGGCGCGUCAUACGGCCAGGUACCGGGCGGCUCAUCGUCCAAUCGAGCCGGUGCGACUGCAACCGCCCAAACCACCGAAGGAGCCCCCCAAACCGAGUCUAACGCCGGAAUCCGUCGCGAUACCUCGAUUCGCUCUAUCAUCACCCUGCCUGCCUACUCGUCAACUCCAAAGCCCACAGAGCAAGUGAUCGCCAGGGAGGGAGAACGUGGAGGAAUGGAUAUGGUGGUUGAAUUCCCGGAGACAGCGGAAGAAGAGGAAGAUCGGCGCGAGGAAAUGAUGGAAUCGCUGUACCAGAUCCGGCUGCAGCGGCGACAGGAGAUUGCUGACCGCGAGGCUCGACGUCGCGAGCGUCGUGAAGCCCGCGAGCGCGGGGACUCACUCCGUCUCGAGCAGCUUCGGGUGGAGAGUCGCCGCGCACGAGCCAACAGUCGAGAGUCUGUCAACGGGAACACCACCUCGGUGUCGGCGGCCACAGCAUUAGCGGAGGCUCAGAGUCGAGGUCGCGAUAGGCGGAUCUCCAGUGUCACCUAUGCUGAUGUAGGCUAUGUCCGGCACGAUGGUUCCCGUCUUCGAGCCAGCUCACGCGAUUCGGACUCUCGGCCCCUAUUGAACGACGCCGCCGGGAUGAGUGAAGGCCCGGACCGGUCGUCUGGGCUUAUCAGCGUACACUCUCGUGGCGAAUCCUAUUCUUCCGCCUUAUCCGACGGGGAGGGCCUGACCCUUACCCAGUCGCACACCACUUCGCUGCACUCAGUCAACAACCCAAAUGCAGAACCUGAGGAUGGGGACGUUGGAACGCGGCAUAUCCCCCCUCCGGACUACGACCAUCUGGAUUGGGGAGAUGCUCCUCCGUACGAGCCUCCAACUUCGUCACAAACCGACGGCCCGCCUCGAUUACGCGAGUUGACUACGCUACCUACGAUUCAGAUUGACGUAGUAAGCCCGGUUAGCAACGAACCUCCCACGCCUAUCCCACAAGCACAACCACAAGAGCCCACACCCGCAACUGCUGCUAGUAGCUCAUCCCAUAGUGAUAGCACAUCAUCGCAGCAUACUCCAGCAGAAACGACGAGGUCAAGCUCUCCAAGCGAUAGUGGCACAAACCCGCCGCGAGGGUGA